AUGGUCAAUGUGAUGGGGGAUGCUGGCUGCUGGUUCCUGCUUGGGCUCUCCCUCCUCCCCAUCACUGUCCUGGGCUCCCAGGAGGAUGGGAAGGUGAUCCACAUCAGCAGGGUGCAGCACGAGGCCGUGCGCGUGGGGCUGGGGGAGCCGGUGGCCUUGCCCUGCCUCUUCCUCCUCCAUCCCUCGGCCUCGCUGGGACCCAACGAGCCCCCCGACCCUCCCCGCAUCAAAUGGAGCAAAGUGCGCUCUGCCAGCGGCCAGAGGGAGGAUGUGCCCAUCCUGGUGGCCAAGGACAACGUGGUGAAGGUGGUGAAAGCCUACGAGGGCAGGGUGGCUCUGCCCGGUUACCCCCAGCACCGGCGCAAUGCCACGCUGCUGCUGCGCCGUGCCCGUGCCAGCGACGCCGGGCUGUACCGCUGCCAGGUGGUGGCUGGCAUCGAUGAUGAGCAGGACCUGCUGCCUCUGGAGGUGACAGGUGUUGUGUUCCACUACCGCCCCGCUGGCCAGCGCUACGCUCUGAGCUUCGCCGGGGCGCGCCGCGCCUGCCUGGCCAACGCAGCCGCCAUCGCGUCCCCGCAGCACCUCCAGGCCGCCUUCGAGGACGGCUACGACAACUGUGACGCGGGCUGGCUGGCUGACCAGACCGUCAGGUACCCCAUCACCCUCUCCAGACCUGGUUGCUAUGGAGACCGCAACAGCCUCCCUGGUGUCCGCAGCUACGGACUGAGGGAGCCUGGAGAGGUGUAUGAUGUGUACUGCUAUGCCCAGGAGCUGCGAGGGACAGUGUUUUACACCACAGCACCCGGGCACUUCACGUGGCAGGAAGCUCAGAGCCACUGCCAGAGCCGAGGGGCUUCUUUAGCCACCACUGGGCAGCUUUACCUGGCAUGGCAUGAGGGUCUGGACCGGUGUGACCCGGGCUGGUUGGCUGAUGGCAGCGUCCGCUACCCCAUCAGGCUCCCACGUAGGAAAUGUGGUGGAGACACCUCUGGAGUCAGGACCCUCUACCAGUUCCCCAACCGCACUGGCUUCCCCCAGCCUACCUCCAGAUUCGAUGCCUACUGCUAUAAAGGUAAAGCUGCACAUCCUGCCCCCGCAGCAGCCGCAGAGCAGAGGGAGCCGGAGGAGCCAGCGCUGCCUGUGCCCGACCCACCAGGCAGUGACAAUGUGCUGGUGGAGCACAGCCAGGAGCUGGGGACAUCAGGGGACACUCGGGACACCCCACGUGAGGGCUCCAGCCUCCUGCCACAGCCAGGACCUGCUGGGAUGGAUGAGGAUGAGCAGUUGCAGCUGGCGAGUGGCAACCCCACGGUGCAGCGCGGUGACCUCCCUCAGGGGACGUCCCUGCCACCCACCACAGCCUCCUCACCUGCAUGGCCUCAGGAGGAUGAAGCUCUCAAUGUGGUGGACCAGAUGCCAGCGAGCUCCUGGCAAGAUCCAGCGAGCACCAGCCCAGCACCGGCGGCGCAAGAAGACCCUGACCCUGAGGAGCCCUCAGCUGCCCUCCCACUACAGUCCCACAGCUCAGCCCAGGGGCACGUCACCAGCUCACCAGCAGCACCUCCUGGGCUGGGAACUGUCCCUGGCAUGGCAGUGAGGACCCCCAGCACCCCCCCAGCCAGCUCCCGUGCCCCGAGGCGGAGCAGCUACCCCGGGCUCAACGGGCGCUACUUCCAGCUGCAGCGGCAGAGCCGGGACCCUGACAUGGGCUCCAGGGACCCCACGGUGGCUGAGGACCAAACAGUGGCUGUGGACCCAGUGAGGACGGUCACCCAAGCCCCUGUCCUGGCCCUGGAGGUGAAGGGGGCUGCAGCCAAUGCAGUGGAGACAUGGAGCAGCUCCCAUGCCAGCACCGAGAGCCUUCACCAAGACAGCACUUAUUUGCCCUCCAACGUGGUGCAGGAGGAGAUUGGCCCUGAGCUGAUGACACCAGCCACCUCUCCGAUGUCCCCUGCGCCUUCCCAGAGGGAUUCACCACGGUGGAGCCCCCGUGUAGACCCCCAGGAUCCCAGGGGGUCCCCACAGACACCCCCUUCACCCUCCCCAUCCCUGCCUGUCUCUGUGCUUCCCCACGAUGCUCUCAGCCCCCAGGACAUCACCACGGUUGGGGCUCAGCCCCAUGUCCCCAGUGCUCGUGGGGACUCGCCCCGGGUGCCACCUGGGGAUGCCACUGAGGACUUCUCUGGGGACACCCUCUGGCAGGAGGAUGGUGGCUCUGUCCCACCACGGCCCCCGCUGCCCCCUGCCCCACUGGUGGCUGAGGGCCCUGAGUCAGCCCCACAGCCCCAUGGGCACGGCAGUGAUGGUGGUGGGGCUCCAGGCAAUGGCUCACUAGAGAGGCAGAGGAAAGCAGUGACCUUCCUCCACCCCCCUGCUCCCUCUGUGGGCCACCCCACCAGCCCUGGCCCCACUGAGGUGGCUGCUCCCCAGCCACAGGGUGGGCUGAGCCCCACAGGCCCCCCCAGGCCAGCCAAGCCACUGGCUGGGCACAGCUAUGAGCCCUUGGCUGGGGAUGGGGAUGCUGAGAAGGGCUUGGCUGAGCUGAGCAGCGAAGGAGCUGUGUCCCCACCAUCACAGGAUGCCCCUUCACCUUCCCCCUCUGCCAUGGCUGGUGAAGUGACCCCCCAGGCCAGCAAGGUGACCCCCCAGGAGGGGUCCACAGGCUUUGUCCCCACAGCCCCACAGCCCACCAGCCACUCCACAGCAGAGCUAGGGGGAGUGGAGCAUCUCCUCCUGACCCCCCCAGCCCCAGAGCAGCCCCCUGCCAGCCCUGGCCCCCCAGGGACACCUCACUUCCAGGAUGCACCACUGGCCCCCAGCGAGGAGGAUGCCUCUGGGGAGGUGAAGAGGGAAGAGCCCCCCACAACCCCUGGCUCAGCCACUCACAGCCCCUGGCCCUCACCCACUGCCCCCCACCCAUGGGUGCCAGAGACCCCCGAGUCCCCAAGCACGGGGCUGCUUUUAGAGCCCUUCACAGCAGUGGAGCUGGGGGGACUGGGGGUGUCCCCGCUGCUGGAUGCUGACAGUGGGAGUGGCGAGGAGCCAGGGCUGGAGGAGAGGGAGCUGUUGGCCUGGGACAGCACCAGCAACACCAGCCAGCACACUCCAGCUGACCCGUGCCAGAACAACCCCUGUCUGCACGGCGGGACCUGCCGUGCCAACGGCACCGUCUGCGGCUGCAGCUGCCCCCCAGGAUUCACCGGCGAGAACUGCGAGAUUGACAUUGAUGACUGCCUGUCCAGCCCCUGCCAGAACGGUGGCACCUGCAUUGACGAGGUCAACGCCUUCGUCUGCCUUUGCCUGCCCAGCUACGGCGGCAGCCGCUGUGAGAAAGACACGGAGGGCUGUGACCACAACUGGCACAAGUUCCAGGGUCACUGCUACCGGUACUUCUCGCGCCGGCGCUCCUGGGAGGAUGCAGAGCGGGACUGUCGCCGCCGCGCCGGCCACCUCACCAGCAUCCACUCACGGGAGGAGCAUGGCUUCAUCAACGGCUUCGGGCAUGAGAACACCUGGAUUGGGCUCAAUGACAGGAUUGUGGAGCAGGACUUCCAGUGGACAGAUAACACUGGCUUGCAAUACGAGAACUGGCGGGAGAACCAACCCGACAACUUCUUUGCGGGCGGCGAGGACUGUGUGGUGCUGGUGUCCCACGAGAUUGGCAAGUGGAAUGACGUGCCCUGCAACUACAACCUGCCCUACAUCUGCAAGAAAGGCACAGUGCUGUGCGGGUCCCCCCCGGAGGUGCCAAACGCCUUCCUCGUGGGGAAGAAGAAGGAGAAGUACAGCAUCCACUCCAGUGUCCGGUACCAGUGCCAGGAGGGCUUCACCCAGCGCCACGUGCCCACCAUCAAGUGCCACAGCACCGGCAAGUGGGACCGGCCCAAAAUCCUCUGCACAAAACCCAGGCGGUCGCACCGAGCGCGGCGGCACCACCACCACCGGCACAGCCACCAGCACCACCAGCACCAGCACCACAAACCCCGCAAGGAGCGCCGAAAACACCGCAAGCACCUCCGGCUGGACUGGAUGGAGGAGGGCCACUACUUCUAG